AUACGUGAACAGUCAAGCAAGUCGAGCACAUGGCAUCAUGUGAGUCUUUCGCUUUACGGAAACGUCGCGUUGUGGUUUAAAUUGAGAUUUAGAUUAAAAAAAGUUUUUUUUUAAGGAUAAUAGAAAAGUGUGAUUAGUUUUGUUUUUACAAUGAUAACAACUGAGGUUUUAUAGUCGAAAAAAACCGGCCAAAAAACAUUUUCCCAAUGAUAACUCUUGUGUAAGAACCUAAAUAGGGAGUGAAUUGGGAAACAGAAAAAGUAUAAAAAAGUGAAUUAUCCCCCAUAUGUGAAUUAGUGAAUAAAAUAGUGAUCGAAUGGUCCAAGGAAGUGACUGUGCGGGAAAUAGGAGACCUAAGGAUACUUCUCGUUUUGCCAAUAUGAUGGACGUUGGCAUGUAUGGCAAUCACACAACCCACCCCGGGGGCUUCCAGAGCCCCGAUGCCACAUCCACCAGUUACACUUCCUACUUCCAAUCCACCCACCAUCCUCCACAUUUGAGCAUUAUCCAGUCCAAUUCAGCUGGCUCUGAUCAGAGCCAUCAGGUCAGUGCUUCUGAGGCUGGGUACUCAUCUGGGCAGGUGGGCUCUGGAUCCACAGUGUCCACAGCCGCCGGACAUCUGUAUACAUCCCAUCCGCACCUCUACAGCCCUUCGGCAGCUGAGUACGGUAUCACAACAACAGCCAACAACUCCCCAACAGAGGGCUUCUACGAGCCCGAGCAUCAGCCCUACUUUCCCCCAACGGCUACCAAUGGAGGUCCACCAGGUGGGCCUUUACAAGACUCCCACAUUAUCAGUUCCGACAAUGGACUCAGUUACACCAACCUGGACUACAUCUAUGGGCAAAAUCAUGGCACCCCAGGCGCCACUUCUAGUCCCUAUCUCCAGGCUAGUGAGGACAAAGUGCCCCUGAGUCACUACCAGCUCGGGGAUGAGAUGCUACCCUCAGCAACAGGGCACCAUGGCUCAGGAGGAAGUGGGAACUGGCAUCAUCAUCACCAUUCCUCGUAUAUUGAGAAUUCUGUCAGCCAUCCCUUUGGACUGGGACAGAUCUCAUCGGGAAGUCAGACAACGAGUCAAAUGGGCCAUAUGGCUUCUACAGGGAUGCAAGGAUCACCUCCAGUUCAGCAUCUUCAGCAUCAGCAACAACAUCAGCAACAGCAACAGCAACAGAAUCAACAAAACAUUACCACUUUCAAGUGGAUGCAAAUCAAAAGGAAUGUGCCAAAGCCUCAAGCCCCAAAAUUGACACCACCAAUGCAGGAGUACAGCAAUCAUCCUGCGCAAACACUGGAUCCUUGCAGAGGAAUGUCUGGACUCUCAGGACUAGGCCUCUCAGCCGCUUCUCAAGGUACCAAUCCUCUGUUGAUGAACAACAACAACAACACAGGAAGGACAAAUUUCACGAAUAAGCAACUGACGGAGCUGGAGAAGGAAUUCCACUUCAACAAGUACCUCACGAGAGCGCGAAGAAUUGAAAUAGCCAAUGCUCUUCAACUCAACGAGACUCAGGUGAAAAUCUGGUUUCAAAAUCGUCGAAUGAAGCAAAAGAAACGGAUUAAAGAAGGUCUAGUCCCAGCAGAACCACUCAGCCAAAGCCCGACCGGAACAGCAGCCUCCACCAGUGACACAAACCUACCGGGUAGCAGUGAGAACAGUAGAGAAUCAAAUUGAGUGCUCAGUGGCAACAGUACCCUUCCGCUGAAUUUCACGCGACAAACUUUUUUUUUUUGCAAAUAAGAAAUUUUCCGCGUGGGGUUAGAGAGGAGGACCUUGAGUCGAUUUCAAGCUAGUCUAAUGUUAUUUUGUGUUUUAUAUUUCUUAUAUUGUUUCCAAAACCAGGAACAGCUGUUAACUUAAGUAGAUGCAAAAGAGAAAAAAUAACAAAUUUAUCACCAAUCACCUAUUUUAAAUGAAUAAAAUAAAAUUGAUAGAGAUCAGUCAAAUAUAUCUUUUGAACUAAUUCUUAGAAUGCAGAAGUAGGAAACAAUAUUCAUGUAAAUAGCUGCAAUUCCAAAAAAAAAAUACUAAGUAGUUGGAUUUACAAUUAACAGUUCCUCAUACGAAUUUAGAGAUCAUUGAAGGUGAAAGAUUUUAACUUAUUCAAGACAUUCAGAGCCCUUCAGAUGAGCAUAAUUUUUUUCUUGUAGGAAAUUCAUACUUUCCAUAAAAUUUAGUAUUGCAUUUUCUGGUAAAGUUUGAGCCAAAUACUUUUCAUUGUAACUUCGUGAGUUCUAAAUUAUAAUUUUUAAUGUUUAAAAAUAGAAGAAUAUGACACUAUUUUGAUAAGUCCCUCCCGAAAAUUCAACUGUAAAUAAUGCUGGAAGGGGCGUGUCCCUAAAUAAUUUAGCCACGCCCUUAAAUAAUCAAGCCACGCCCAAAAGACAUGUGAAUUUAUUUUAUUACACUAUUUUUUUCUUAUUCUUAAUUCUAAUCAGGAAGCAUUUGUUUUUUUAUGAUGCAGAUGGCUUAUAUAACUUCUGAAGGAGUUUUCCACAGUUUUACUCUGGGCGUUGGUCACCAACUUUUAAGAGCAUAAACUCAAAAGCAUUAAUAUACAUAUGCAUAAAACUGACUUUGUUUACAUUACAUUGUGAAAAUUCCGUUUAAAUUUUGUACAAUUAAUAUCAAAGGGGCAAAGAAGAUAAUAAGGAAACUUUGUCUACUCACUUCAACUGUCAUCAGCUAGUCUCUAUAUUUUAUUUGUUUUCUUGAAGAAAUGUUGAAAAUAAAGAAGCUGAGGAGGAUAAAUAGCAUAUUCUAUACUUUUAUUUACUGUCUCGUUCUCUAAGGGGCGUGGUCUAUUUUUUAGCAUUUCGUUCGAAGAUUGCAAUAAUACGAGUGUUUUUUUCGUCACUUUUGUAGAUCUCAAGUAUUACAUAUUAAAAAAAUAAAUAAAAUUUUAAAACAAAGAUAGAGGAUUACGCCCCCUAAAAAUAUUUUCUAGUAGAAAAUUAUGCUCAUCUGAAUUUAUGCCAGAUAUUCUAACACAAAACUGACAAGGACAGUCACCUAAAUCAAAUUUCUAAACCAUUAAAAGACAAAAUGCUAUAUUCUUGUAAAUAAAAUAGAAAAAGUCUUAAGUAGUCACAUUUUUUGAGACAACAAAAGUAUUAAUGAGUUACUGAUGAUAUAAAUAAUACCAAGUAGUAAACUCUUAGUAUGUUUCUUCCUCAGGGAUUAAUGUACUAUAAGCAUUGUAAAGAGAGAACAUGCCAUAGUUAAAAAUAAAAAUUUUCAAUUAACAAC